UGAUACACUCAAGGUUGUAUUUCCACAAUUGGAGACGGUGUCUGGUGGUUGGCUGCUUUACAAAUCAGCAGGAGGAUGGGGUAGCCGCAAACUCUCUCUUGUGACACCUGAUUAUACUGGCUACACAGGCAAAAUAAUGAAGCUUGCAAGCCAGGGGGGUAAAACGACUCUUUUCAUGGCACCAAUUCAAGAAGAACUAAGCACAACUCCUUUGCAACUAACAGACAAUGCAUUCAGUGGCAUGCCAAACGCAGGGUGUCAGAAAUGUGGAGCAGCUAUUCCACUGCCGUUUCUGACCAAACACUUAAAAUCUUGCAACAUCAUUGAUGUUGACAGUGAUAAUUGCCCAGCUAAUGUGGAGGAAAACUGUGCGCAGGAAGACGUAACAUCAGCAGAUCAGCAACCCUGUCCUAUGUGCAUGAACAUAUUUCCCUGUCACAUUAUUGAGGCACAUGCUGCUUCAUGCGGGGAAAGUGCAGGAAAUGAGGCGAUUGAGUGUAGUACUGUGAUGGAAGAAGAGCAAGCAGUAAUGCCUGGACCGUCCAGAAGCAGUGCAGCAGUUACAGACGACUGGCUCACCAUCCAAGACCCUACCAAGGCCAUGUCUCAGUUUCGGGAUUCCCUAUUCCACAUUUAUGAAAAGGAGAGUGCUUUGGUUCUCAGCAUGGAUACUAGAGAAACCCCUGCCGAACAGGACAUGGCACUCCUCUCCUUCUACAAGCGACCUAAUGUGGAAUGGGCACGACCCUUGCAUUGCAGACUUGAAGGUGACGUUGCCAUUGGAAAGGGUGUAACUCGCUUUUUCCUCUCAACUUGCAUUGAGAAGUUGAAGUCUGGGUUUUGCAUCAACUUUGCAAACACUGAUGUGACACGGCUGUUUGAUGGAGAGACAGGCCAUUUGGUGCCGUCAGCCUCUCACUUCCUAGUUGAAAGUGAUAUGUUCGUCAUGGCAGGGAGAAUGAUAGGCCACUCCUUCCUUCAUGGUGGACCGUGCCUGUCUGGGCUCAGCCCUGCCUUAGCUCAUGUCCUGCUUGGAGGGACUCCCGAAACUGCAACUGUAGCCCUAGAAGACUGUCCAGACCUGGACAUCCGGGAAACAAUCAGGCUUAUUCAAGGUGAAUCCGAACUCUCUGAGGAAGAGGCAAAAAGAGUACAGGACUUGGCCUAUGCCUGGGACCUCCCUUGCCUGUCUAAUAAUAACAGGAGAUGGCUUUUUGAGAAAAUGUUGAUCCAUGCUGUCAUUGGACGUGUCACAAGACAAAUUAAACAGCUGAGACAUGGUCUUAAAGAGACACAAGUGGACCGUGCUGACCAAACGACCUGACACAGUGGCCCUGCUAUUCCCUAAAGAGGGAGCAGUGGAUUACAGCCCUGAGAUACUUCUGAAGCGCAUUACCUGGCCUCAUCAUGAUGAAGAAGAUGAUGACAAUGAUUUUUCCGUUGACACCAUGUGCCACGUAUCAGGUUAUCUUCGACAGUUCAUUGAAAAUGCAUCACCGAAUGAAUUGAGAGAUCUGGUGAAAUUCUGGACUGGAUGGGAGAUUCUGACAAGGACGAAUCUGUCCCUUGAGGUGGUCAAAGGCAGCUUCCCCACCGCCUCCACCUGUUACGAGACCCUGCGAAUCCC